CAAAUGGGUCCAGACUUGUGUCUCUUGAUGCUAACCCACCUACCGUCAUCAGCCUCACUGGAUAUGCCUGUUUUGAUCCACACAGGAUGUAUCUGCUUUGUUUUUAAUCCAACCUCAUUCAGCCCAAAUUACCUCAGCUGUACUUCAUGCAUCUGCUUUGUAGCUGUAGCCUGUACUAAAACUGCCCACACCAUGUGCUUUAGUUCUUUGUGCACUGUGUAAAGUGGUUGUCUUCUAGAAGCAACUCUUCUGAUCCCUUGUCUGUCUUUCUGGUUGCCUGUGGAAAUGUAGUCCAUAGUGGUGAUGGCUGGAAUUGGCAGCUGUGAUGUUACUGCUACCUAACCUAGCCUGCUAUAAAUAUGUUCCAAACUCAGUGCAGAAGGGAAAGGAGUAAUAUCCUGUAAAGAGGGACUCAAGUGACCUCGUCCCUGAAAUUUCAGUGGACAUUGGAGGCUUAUGAGUAGGAUUCAAGUGUAGGUGUUUGGUAUGUUAGCCAGAACCCAGGGGUGAUUUUUUCCCAUAAAUACAUAGUUUCACCUGGCUUUCAUAAAUUCCUCAAGUGGCUUGUUACAAAACUUAGUCACAAAGUGAAUAUCCUAGUAGCAUAAGUUACUACUUCCUCUCCUCUUGCUGUUGGCUAAAAAGAUACUGAUUGGUGGUCACUGAAGGAGAUAAUUUCCUUAUAGCUGUGCUGAUUCUAAGAGGCCAGUUGUGUUUAGCGCUGGCUUGGGCAGCUUAGGUUAGGGCUUGAGACUGUAGUUCCACAAAUAUUUGAGGUGACGUAACACAUCACUAGUGCUCAAAUGGGCAGGUUUCACUCUCCAUCCUUUCCUACUCUGCUUUCAACCCUACUUUCUCUUAUCAUGUUCUUGGCUUUACUUUCCUGCUCUUUUGAUUACGUCGCUCUGUUGAACCAUUCUGCGGGCCAGAUCAGCUCACUACUUGGAAAGCAAUCUUUUUGCUGCAUUACAUUUCUGCCUGUUUAAUGAGUUUGCAGAAGAGUCUCGAGAUUCCAAGUGUGGAAGAAAGGUGAAGCAAGAAGAAUGCACAAUGGAGAGCAGGGAGAUGGGAGAAGGGAGUAGGAACACUAUUGGUUCAUCUUUAGGCACAGAAAUGGUAGUCUGCAUUUUAACCUGGAUUUAAAUGCACCUGAGCUGGGAUCAUUGGACAGACUCAGACAUCGGGAUCAAUUUAAAAAGGGCAACAUGAAGGACGCUGAGAAGCCACGUGCAGGGGACAAAUUCUGCUGCCUUUCCAAGCUGAAGGUAUUUCUGCUGGCACUAUCACUUGCAUAUGUGGGUAAAACGAUGUCUGGUGCUUACAUGAACAGCAUGUACACACAGAUAGAGAAGCAAUUUAAUAUUCCAGCUUCUUUAGUGGGCAUCAUUAAUGGAAGCUUUGAAAUUGGCAACUUACUGCUGAUAGCAUUUGUGAGUUACUUUGGAGCUAAGCUUCACAGACCCAGAAUAAUUGCUUUGGGCUGCACAAUUAUGUCACUUGGAUGUCUUUUGAUAUCACUUCCUCAUUUCCUGUUUGGAAGGUAUCAUAUUGAAAGCAGUAUUUCAUCACAGGAUAAUUUUUCAGUCAUGCCUCUGUGCUUUGUUAAUCAAACCUUAUUGUCUUUACCUACAGAGGAACCAUCAACAGAAUGUGAAAAAGAGCCUGGAUCCUUGCUAUGGAUAUUUGUGAUGGUUGGAAACAUAGUACGAGGAAUGGGUGAAACUCCCAUCAUGCCUUUAGGCAUUUCAUAUUUGGAGGAUUUUGCCAAAGCAGAGAAUUCACCUUUCUACCUGGGAUGUCUACAUACAGCAACCGUAGCUGGUCCCUUCCUUGGUUUAUUGUUGGCGUCAUUCUGUGCACAACUGUUUGUUGAUCUGGGAUCAGUAGAUGCAGAGGACAUUACCAUAACACCUACUGAUGCCCGUUGGGUUGGAGCCUGGUGGCUGGGUAUUCUGAUUUGUGCAUCACUGAACCUUCUUGCAGGAAUACCUUUUUGGUUUUUGCCCAAGUCACUUGUGAAAGAAGGAGAAACCAAAGAACCUGAGGAGACCAGUAAAAAUAGUCUAGUAACAUUGCAAGAAAAUGAUACAAAUGAAGCCAAACAGACCAUGUAUGAAAUUGCUAAAGAUUUCAUCCCGUUCCUCAAUGCUCUGUUUCGCAACCCAGUUUAUAUGUUAUUUAUAUGCAUAACUGUGUUACAGUUCAAUGCCUUCAAUGGCAUGAUAUCCUUCAUGCCCAAAUACUUGGAACAACAGUUUGGAAAAUCUGCAUCAGAUGCCAUCUUUUUAAUGGGUGUUUACAACUUACCAGUUAUAUGCGUUGGGUAUUUUUUUGGAGGCUUACUAAUGAAGAAAUUAAAGAUGAAUAUCUAUCAGGCUGCGAACAUAGCAUUUUGGACAUCUUUACUGGAAUAUCUUCUCUACUUUGCUGCCUAUUGGACUGUCUGUGAUACUUCACCAGUUGCUGGCCUAACAGUUUCCUACAAAGGAAUAGAGCAAGUUUCAUAUGAAGAAAUUACUCUACUUGCUGGCUGCAACAGGGAUUGUGAUUGUCCAUUGAAAAUAUGGGACCCUGUUUGUGGCAACAAUGGAAUCACUUACGUAUCACCUUGUCUUGCUGGGUGUAAAGCCUCAAGAGGAACUGGAAAAAGUAUGGUAUUUGAAAACUGCACCUGUGUUGCAGCCUCAGGGUUUUCAUCUCAAAAUGUCUCUGCAGUUCUGGGCCAGUGUGAUGGAGGAGAACACUGUGACAAGAUGCUUCAUUAUUUUUUAAUAUUGUCAUUAGUCUGCAGCUUCAUUUAUUCCUUAGCAGCCAUGCCUGGGUACAUGGUCUUAAUAAGGUCUCUAAAGCCUGAAGAAAAGUCAUUUGGAGUGGGUAUCCAUGGACUAGCUUCAAGAGUAUUUGCUGGAAUUCCAUCUCCCAUUUAUUUUGGAGCUUUGAUAGAUACCACUUGCUUGAAGUGGGGUACCGUGACUUGUGGUGGAGAAGGAGCAUGUAGGAUGUAUGAUAUUGUCACAUACAGGUGGCUCUAUCUUGGCCUGCCAGCAGUAUUACGUGGAGUGUCCUAUAUACCAAGUGCACUAGUUCUCCUAAUUUUAAAGAAGAAACUUAAAUCUGAAAAACAAGUCUUAUUGAAUGCACCAGUAGAAAUGCAGAAUAAAGUAGAAGAAGCAUUGAAAUAGCGUUUCAAAGCAGGACAUAUUGUGAAAAAUCCUUGCAGUAUAAAUUUUGGAUAUAUCCUUGUGAAAGAUUUCAUACUUUAGGUAGUGAACACUUAGAGAUUAAUAGAAUUACAUCUAGUUGUACCCUAAUUAUAUUAUAUAAGUAUCAGUUCAUAAACAGAGGUUAUAGGAAAAAUAUGUUUGGUGCAAAACAACAAGGAGUAGACAUAUGAAAACUUAUGACAUGAUGGGUUUGAGUUGUCUGAGCAAAGGUCUAUGAAGAAGAAACAUACGUUUUCAGUCCUGGUUUCACUGAAGAUAGGGCGAGUUUUGCAACUGGCUACAGUGAUGACAGAUUUCAAGCUGGAAUUCUCCAAUGGCUUCCACCAUAGCAUCUCUCAUUGACUGUAGACAGGAUUUGUAACUUCUUUGGGCCUGACUUUUCCAUAACGUUAUUUAAUUAUACUAUUAGUCCUUUCAGGCAGGGGUUGUUUGUUAUUUUGCACAGUGUAGAUCAGGGAUGUCAAACUCAUUUUCACCAAGGACCACAUCAGCCUCGUGGUUGCCUUCAAGGGGCUGAAUGUAAUUUUAGGACUGUAUAAAUGUAACUACUCCUACAUGCCCUUUGAAGGCAACAACGAGGCUGAUAUGGCCCCCAGUGAAAAUGAGUUUGACACCCCUGGUGUAGGUGGUCAAUAUAUUGGCAGCCUGGUUUAUGACAUAGCCUGGGUGCUGUGGUAACAAUAAUAAAUUUAAAACAAAAAAAAAAAAAAAAAAGGAAGAAAGAAAAAAAAUUAAAAAUGCAUUAUUAUGGAAAUGUUUUAAGGUGUAAAUAGAGCGUGGAGAAGUAUCAGGAUUUGUUACUUCAGUUGCAUUCACUCAAGAGGGGAAUAACUCAUACAUUGAGCAUGAUAGAAUUAUACUUGUGAGCAUUUUGCCCAUCAUAUUGCUGUCUGCUAAAUUGUAUACCUUCUCAUGUCUUGUCAAAUUAUUUCUGAAUGGUACAUAACCAUAAUCAUCCAUGUGCUCUUCCUGAUCUUUGUCCAACUUUUAUUUCUCUCAGACGUGAUACUACAACGAAUGUAGUAUCCAUUUGGGGUUUGCUGACAGUGAGCUGUUGCCCUAGGAUGGCUUAAGUGUCUCAGGAAAAGACUCUGAAUGUCUCAGGGAAAAAACAAAAACAAAACAUGCAGAAGCCCCUGAUGAUAAGGGUAUAUGUCACACCAGGUGUAUCUUUGUAUCUUUGAUUGAAUAUAGUGCAUCCAUGUUUAGCUUCUAGACUGGAACUGCCUUGUAUUUAGGUCUGUCUGCAGGUGACCAUGCAAUAACUUCUCAAGCCCUUUAAUUACAGCUGUUGGAAAUAAUAAAAAAACAACCCUCCUGAUUAUUACUCCCUUCUGCAUAAGGAAUGAAGGGAGCUUCUGGAACUAUAUUAUAGACCAAUGCUCCAGCACUUACAGAUGUUUCCUACCCAUUUAAUCUGUAUGAUGCAGACCUACUCCUGUUUUAUCCAUCUGAGACCUUCUGCAGCUAUGGAAAAAAGGGAAGGAUAUUUCCCUAAAGUAGUUACAUUAGUUAAGUUAUAUUCUGUUUUACUUUAAGGUGUCUUAGUAACACCUUAUGUGUAUAUGCUUGGAUUUGCUUCCUGCCACCAUGAAAUCAAUGACAAAAGAUCCAUUUCUUCCCACAUUGUAGGAACUCAGCUCCAGAAUUUAAAGUUUUUUCAAAUACAGGAGAUCCUUACAAUUAGUUCUUUUGAAAAGAUAUGUUACAGUCCCUUCCUCCCUUUGCACUGGAUGAUAGAGCUGAACAGGUAUAAAGUGAGGAAGGGGAAUAAAACAAUCAGCAAACAUGAUGCAGUUUGUGUCAGAGCAGAGCAGAGAGUGCAGUUCUCUAUGAAGUGACAGGUUUUCCAGAAGUUCCGUGAACAUUUGAAGCACAGCUGAUUUUCAGCAUUGUUCUUCCUACCAUGGGCCACUUACUGAAAGCCAUCAUUCUUCCUUGAAGGUAUUAUAUUCUUCCAAAGCUAGAGUUAAAAUCUUUUGCAGGCAUUUAGUCACAGUUUGGUGCCAAGGUAACCUGGGAAAUGUGACAAGUUACAGUGCACUUAAGUUUCACAGCUGUAGGAAACAAAAGGGCUUUGUUAGGUAGGCAAAUCUGUGCUGUUUAAAUGGACCACUGCCAAACAGUAAGGUCUAGUUAACUUACUGUAUUUUGAAAUAGAAGGAAGCAGAUAGGAAAGUUUCCAAGUUUAAAUUUAGCAUUUUAAUAGAUACUUUAACUUUCUUUUUAAUUGUUCCAGUUCAUCUGCUUCAGAAUGUAGCAAUGAAACAGACCACCUUCACCAGACACUUUUAAAUCAUUAGCCUGCUACUCAGUCUGUUUAUCAACGUAGUGCUAGCUGGGUGAUGGAAUGGUAGAGAGGCUCCUUGGCAUAAGCCUAUGGUGGGAACAUUGCUUCUCCAGAGCAAAACCAGGAAAUGGAGAGUGCAGGUCAUUCCAAAGUAAUUGUCAUAAAAGCUUUAUGGUAUGCCAUGUCUGGUACAACAGACAUUGCUGGGAUUAGGUUGGGAGGUUAAAAUAAUACUUUUGGAGCUAUUCCUUCAAAUGUAAAGCCAAACUUUAGACUUGAUCCUUCCAAGUUUUGACUAUGCUGACCUUGAUUCAGCAAAGCAUUUAAGCAUGUGCUUAACUUAAAAAUGUGUGGUCUUAAUGAUGUUAAUUGUUUAAGUAGAUGACAUGGGACAUUUAAAGACUGAGCCCCAAACUGACCCUGUUGUCAGACUGACUUGAACAGAAGCUGCUUGCUGUGGGUUACAGUAGGUACUCAGAUGAUAUUCCCCGUGCUUGAAAAUCUGGGCUGAUCCUGGCCUGAUGUUUCAAGCACUGAGACUUGCAACAGCAUUGUGGGUAGCACAAGCCACAAAUCAAACAAUGUCAAUAGAGGUAACAGUAGGUGUAAAGUUUUUUAUCAAGCAGUAGUAUAUGAAUAUUUGAGUACAUUAAGUCCAAUAUAAAAUUAAUAAAAAUGUGUGGUAAGUUUAUUUUCUGAGUGUCUGAGAGCCAAGCAUAUGGUUAUCAUAAUAAAAUCAACCACGUUUCUUUGUCAAUGAAGUUUGAACUCAGUAAAGGGUGCCCAUGAGUUGAAUUUUGGUCCUUAAGCCUACCAAGGGGGAAGCUAGGUGCUGGUGCCUGGAUGUAGAUGCUGCCAGACACUGAGAUAAAAACACUUGGUGUUUUACUGGCAAUGUGACCAGUGCAACCAUCCUGAAGAUAUUUUAAAGGUAAUGGUACUCAAACUGCGCACACGUCUUCAUCUGGCAUUUUGUACACAGUGCCUUUUGUAAUGAUACCUGAUGCUCUAUCGGAUUUUUUUGACCAUGGUCAGGUCCUGAGCCAUCAUUUUCAAAGAAAUAAAAAUAAAGCCUUCAGUAUCUCAUGGCAAUGCUUUUUAAGAAGCACAUCUGUGUGGUGGUUGUAUGUGGGGCUUUGUUUGUUUUUACUAUUUACAUUAUUUUUCCUGUAUCAACUUUUAAUUUCAUCAUCUACUUUCUUUCCAAGUCUGUUGAUAUUUUACAAGUAAUUAUUAGCAGUUUUAUGUAAAUCCUAAGAAAUUUUGGGUCUUGUAUAAACUCCAUUGUCUACCUACUGCUUCUCACUUUUAAGGAUUGAAACCUAUUAUUGAUGCACGAUUAAAAACUUCUUAUUAUGCA